GGACGAAAGUAAAGUGAGGAAUCGGGACGUCCCCGCUCGCUAUGACCGCCACGGCUUUAAGGAUGGGCCACUAAGGAACGGUGUCAUUGGCCAGCGGCCGCCCUCCAUCAACCCCGAGAGACUGAAAGAUUUUGGAGAGGAAGACUACCUCGGCGGGGGCGUGAAGACGUGGGAAAUGAAGAUCGUGAGCCACAACGAGGAACUGCUGAGAGACUCAGCCAGCCGCCCGGAUAGGAUUACCUUGUCGGCCUACGAUAAAUGCAUUCGAUUUGAAGAUAUCAGCGCAGCAGCUUUCAAAAUCCAGUGCGGAGUCCAGAAAACACCCUGUAUGUAUUCUCGACUUUCAAAGCAAUAUGGAAUGGACCUAUACCUAAAGAAAGAGUUUCUCCAGUAUACAGGAUCCGUGAAGGAGAGGGGCGCACUGUACCUUCUGAUGUCCUUACAGCAGGAGCAGCAAAGGAAAGGGGUGAUUGUCGCCUCAGACAACAACUUCUCCAUGGCGGUGGCCUACCACGCCUCGGAGCACCGCAUCCCUGUAUUUGUCAUCAUGUCCACCGGCACCUCGCCAGCCAGAGUGAAAAUGUGCCGUGACUACGGUGCCAUGGUAAUUUCCUACGGCGCCACAGCUAGAGAUUCCCAGCUGCAUGCCAGGAGGCUGGCACAGGAAAAUGGCUACCUGUAUCUUGAAGAAGAAGACAAUGCCGUGUAUCUAUCAGGGCUGGGCACCAUGGGAAUGGAAGUCUACGAGCAGGUGCCAAAACUGGACGCCAUGAUCUUCCCAGCAGGGGCACACUGUGGAUUGCUGGCAGGCUCAGCCGUGGCGCUAAAGCAUUUGAACCCCAGCAUAUCUGUAAUCGGUGUGGAGUCAGAGGGGUUCCCUGUACUGCAGCAGUCGUUAAACAUUGGCCAGCCUGGCGACGAUCGCUCCCAAAGCAUCCAGCCCUUUUACAGAGAUGUGAGCGGACCUUGUUUUGCUUCCAAUUCUUUGCAACUGACUGAAAAAUUUGUCGAUAAAGUUGUAACAGUGAGGAAAGCCUGA